CCACCAUACAGAUCCAGUGCAUACUAAAUAUGCACUUCAUAACUAACCCAUAUAUGCUUAGACAACGCAACAUGUGCAUCGACAGCACGAGCUGUGUUGAUAUUGACGAUUAGUAAUCAUAUAUGUGGUUGCGUUUGCGUUUAAAUCUGAAAAAUGAUAGUGUUUCUAUCGCGCAUGGCUAAAUCUCCUCUCGAGAUCUCAGUGGAAAAGGUCUUCUUCCUGUCAGCAGCAUCCCAGCGUUACUAUGAGAUCUGUGGAGCAAUCGCGUCUGAGGGUGAAACAGGAGUCAUUUGAUUCAACAUGAGUGCAAGCGUUGAGUGUCGAUGGAGUCUCUGAACGCCGUGGAGCUCCGUGAACUGGGGGAUGGGAGCAGGAGAGAACCUCCUCAGUCCUCCUUAGGACCGCAGCCCACAGCCGGCAUCGAAAACGCGUCGUUCGAGGAUGAGGAUCCGGGACCGAGGAUCCGCGUUACCUCCAGAACAUCUGGACCUGAGUUCACGGCCAUCGACUCUCAGUUGAAUCCGCUGCCUAUUCAGAGACAAGUGCCAUCACCACACUCCGAAGACGAACCUGAGAUUGAGUACAACAGCCAUUCAGUGGACUACGGGUUCAUUUUUGCGCUCGUUUUCCUUGUAAGCGGCAUCAUUUUAGUGGUAAUCGCCUACACGAUCCCAAGAGAGGCUAAAGUCAAUCCAGACCAAGUGACAGCGCGGCAGAUGGAGAAACUGGAGAUGUACUACGCACAACUCGGUUCUCAUCUCGACAAAUGUAUUAUUGCGGGACUUGGUUUGCUCACUGUGGGAGGAAUGCUUCUGUCUAUUUUAUUAAUGGUGUCUAUAUGCAAAGGGGAACUGUAUCGGCGGAGGACUUUUGCAAGAAGACCCAUGAAAUCGUACGGAUCCAUUAAUAUGAGGAUGAGGCAGUUAGCUGAGGGUGAUGGGAGGGAGACGCUUGUGGAAUGUGAACCGAACGCCAUCGCUGAUGCUGCGAACGGUAAUCAGGUUGCUUCUGGAACGCUAAACACGUAGCACAACAGAAUCACAUUGAGACCUGUAGAUUUGCAGUCGCAAAAAGAAAUAGUGCUCGCAAGGCAGCGUAAAUAACAAUUUAUAUUUAGCAGACGCUUUUAUCCAAAGCGACUUACAGCAUAUACAUUUUUUUUACUAGUAUGUGUGUUUCUUGGGAAUUGAACCCACAACCUUAUGUGCUGCUAAUGCAAUGUUCUACCACUGAGCCACAGGAGCAAAUAAAUGUUAGAUAAGUUUCAGUUUUUGGCUUUGAUAAUCUAAGUUGUGGUUGCUGUUGCCAUUUUUUUUCUGCUGUGUUGCCAGAUCUCAAAAAGGAACUUGGUCUAAGAACAACAUUAUUUUUAUUUGCUUUAAAAAUAAAUAAAUAAAUGAAUAAAAGUAAUAAAAUAUAAUAAUAAUGAAUUCAUAAUUAAUUAAUAGAGAAAACAAAACAAAAACUGAUUACAUAAAUACUAAAUUAAUUACUUCAGUUGGCAAAUGUAUUUUAAUUAUAUCGUUUUAUAUUAAUUUUAUAUUUCCUUAUUAUAUAAGGAAAAAAGCUUUUUUUUUACUCAUCAUUCGGUAUAGUAGUCAGAAAAUAAGUCUAAAAAAUGGCACUUUUUGACUGUGCAUAUUUCUAAGCUACUCUAGGGGGCCAAAAAACGAACCCAAACUGGUAUAAUAGGUGGACAUGGUAACAUAAGGUUACAUAGAAAAAAUACCAGUCAUGAUUCGGUAUGCAAAUAAACACAAGAAAAAAAAAAAACGAAUUUUAAUUUUCCAGUCAAUCUGUCUGUUAGAUUUUCACACUUUAAUCUUAAAUUGAAGUAAUUUCUU